AUGCAAGAGCAACUAGCUAAGAUACAGCAAGAUAUGAAGGAAAAAAUGGAAGAAUCCCAAAAUAAUCUGAUAGGCCAGUUGGCGCAGUUGCUGGCUAGAGAGCGCGAGAAAGGGAAGAGUACUAUGGGGAACAAUAAUGAAGACCCUAUCUAUCCUCCAAACUUUGCUCCGGUAAACACUCAACCACAAUUGGAGGUGCAUCCACGAACGGUACCCGUCACUAUCAGGCCCCAACAAUACCAGGCCAAUGCCUCAACACCAAUGAAUAUUCUUAUAGGAUCGAGCUCUAAUCCUGGGGAUAAUCCAGCUAAUCUAUUGGUCCCGGACCUUGAUGACAUGGCAGAAAUGGAGAAAGGAAAAGUAGACAUGGCAAAACAACUCGAUGAUAGGUGUAAAUGGCUCGAAGAAAAGUUUAAAACAAUGGAGACUGCUGAUUACCGUGGCGGGAUCGACGCUAAGGACUUAAGCUUGGUCCCAGAUCUAGUGCUCCCACCAAAAUUUAAAACUCCGGAGUUCGAAAAGUAUAAUGGGACGAGCUGCCCUGAAGCUCAUAUUACGAUGUUCUGUCGAAGGAUGACAGGGUAUGUUAACAAUGACCAGCUUUUGAUCCACUAUUUCCAAGAUAGUCUGAUCGGAUCUGCGGCCAAGUGGUAUAACUCGCUCAGCCGUGCCCAAAUUGGUUCAUGGAAGGACUUGGCUCAAGCUUUCAUGAAACAACACGGUCACGUAACAGACAUAGCACCCGACAGAAUUACUCUACAAAAUAUGGAAAAGAAGCCGAGUGAGAGCUUCAGGCAGUAUGCACAACGGUGGAGGGAAAUAGCGAUGCAAGUCCAGCCACCUCUCUUGGAGAAGGAAACGACCAUACUCUUCAUUAAUACUUUGAAGGCCCCAUUCAUCACCCAUAUGAUUGGGAAUACUACCAAAAGUUUUUCCGAUAUGGUAAUGGCAGGCGAGAUGAUUGAGAAUGCCAUAAGAGGUGGCAAGAUUGAAGUUGGAGAAACUACCAAGAGGUCGGCCCAAAGAAAAGGGAGAAUGAAGUGA